AUGGACAGCGCCAUAGGGCGGAGCAGAGGAGAUCGGGAGUAUGGUCUGCUCAUCUGUAACGCUGACAGCCAGCCGGGCAAACAUCAGGAGGCGUUAGAACUUCGAGAUUUCGCCUUGUACGUGGACAAAGAACACACCAGCAAUUUUACUGGCCAACCACCCAGAGUCCCUCGAGCCAUUAACUCUGGACUAAAAGAUACGGCGAGGAUUCAAGAAAUAAAUGACUACGUUUUCUGUCUGAACGCUUCAAUGGCCUUGAAAUACAAACAUGUUUUAGUGUUAGAAGACGAUGUUCUGCCAAUCAAUAAUCUUUUACAGACAUUAGACUUUAUAAUAUUAAGAAGACUUCGCAAUACAGCAGACGAUAGUGCAUACUAUGGAAUGACGAAGCCCUUUUUGUACUUAAAAUUGUAUUAUCCACAGAGAUGGCAAGGGUUUGCUUACGAAAUAGGUAUCAUGCUAGAGUUUCUGAGCAUCGGCGUAGUGGUGGGAGGGAUUGUUGUAUGUUUGGACACACUAUGUGGAAGUCGUAACAGACGCAAGGGACACACACUCUUUAUAUUUGUGGUAUUCACAGCCUUUGCCUUGUGCUUGGCCAAGUGUCUUGGUCGUGUAAACAUUAACGAUGUCCGGCGUCUGUCGCCCCAGUUGUAUCGCUUUGGACGAAGCGCAGCGUGCUGCACACAGGCUAUGUUGUACCCGAGGGGCGCCAUAUAUCCGCUUAUGGAGCAUCUGCUUGUCAACAACAGUCUCAAUAAAGAUCUUUCCAUUCACAGAUUCUCCGAAAUUAGCGGUUACCCGGGGUACCAAGUAGAGCCAAAUUUGUUUCAGCACAUUGGAAUGCACACGUCAUUAUCGGGUGGGUCAGAUAAGAAUCCGGAAGAGUUUUUGUUUAAACUACAUGAAAGCACGUUUAAGUGA